AAAUUUGGAGAAGGGAUUUAAUUUUACGCCUCGUUCGAAGAACGCAAAAUGUCAACUACCUUUCCAGGACUCGUCCACGAUGCGGAGAUACGUCACGAUGGAUCAAACAGUUACCGUUUGAUGCAGCUGGGAUGCUUGGAGUCUGUGGCCAACUCCACCGUCGCCUACUCUUCCUCGUCGCCGCUCACCUAUUCCGGCACCGGCACUGAGUUCGCCACCCCCUAUUUCUCUGCCAACCACCAAUACGCUCCCCUACACCACCAGUCCUUCCACUACGAGUUCCAACACAGCCACCCGGCGGUUAACCCCGACGCCUACUCCUUGAAUUCGCUCCACCACUCGCAGCAAUACUACCAGCAGAUCCACCAUGGAGAACCCGCCGACUUCAUCAAUUUGCACAACGCCCGGGCGCUCAAAUCCUCCUGCUUGGACGAGCAGAGGCGCGAACUUGGGUGUUUAGACGCUUACCGGCGGCACGACCUCUCUCUUAUGGGCCAUGGCACCCAAUAUGGGAUGCAUCCAGAUCAAAGGCUUCUGCCGGGACCAAGCCUUGGGCUGGCGGGCUCGGGAGCGGACGAUUUGCAGGGUUCGGUGGAGGCCCAGUGUGGGCUAGUAUUGAAUGGACAAGGUGGGGUGAUAAGGAGAGUUGCACUUGGCCAGGGACUUUGGCUAUACAUGUGAAACUGAAUUCCCAGCCAAGGCAGUUGGAGAACAUCUUGCCAGGCAACACAUGGAACAGAAGGAACAGACAGCAAGGAAAAAAAUGAUCCUAGCAACGAAGCAAAUAUGUAAAGAAUUCCAGGAUCUCCUAAGCCAAGACAGGUCACCUUUGGGUUCCUCAAGACCUACUCCAAUAUUAGAUCUGGAUAUUCAGAGACAUUUAACACAUUUCAGUUUGAUUACUCAUGGCUUUGGAACUCCUGCGAUUUGUGCUGCCCUAAGCACUUUCCAAACUGUUCUAAGUGAAAUGCUGAACUACUUGGAAAAACACACAGCACACAAAAAUGGUGGAGCAGCAGAAUCUGGCCAAGGACACAGCAACUCAGAGAAAGUCCCACUGAGGAAAACGUCAGAGGCAGCAGUGAAAGAGGGAAAAACAGAAAAGACAGACUAGAAACAUCAGACAGAAUCUAUUUCCAGAGAAUUUUGCUGCUGUUAUUUUUUUUUAAGAGAACAUAUAUCUAUCUAACUAUAUCUAUAUAUGCCUGUAUAUCUCCUUGAAGGUGAUCUCGCUCCUCUGGACCAAACUGAAGGGGAGGGGGGAGAAAAAAGUUGUAAAAAUCUAUCAACCGGAACAACUCUACGGACAUCAACCAUGUGAUGAGACUACCCAUUUUUAAGUGUUGCUCUUGAAACUGCUGUGUGUGUGUGUGUGUGUGUACGCAUGUGCGUGUACACACAUUCAUUCAAUCAUUCCAAACAUUACAUCAAUACACAUUUUCUUGGCAUUUCCAGACUCAAGAAUGCCAUUCAGGAUCACAAAAAUACAUGAUCAUGGGAUUCACUUGUGCUUGUGGGGAAAAUAGUAUUGCACCACCCAUCUGAUGGAUGAAACACGAAAGAACUCCUCUUUUCACUUCUAACACCAUAUGAAAGACCCCUGACUGAAAAAUGAAAAACUCAGAACUCUUAAGAGUAAACCAUCGCAUUGCCAGGACUGCUGAUUUGAGGCCUGGGAAUUCAUAAAUAAUCCUCAUCAAAGCUGUGUCAAAGUCCACCAAGGUCGAGUCCUUCUCAUUCAAGGAUCAGCCUCAGGAUGACAUCACAGAUUAGAAUGAAUGAGCCUGGACUUUAUCACCUUUUUAUCUCUGCUUAGUAGAAGUCAAAUCAUACAUUCAAUGAGUCUUUUUUUAAAUUUGCGUUUCCAUUUAUAGCCCAUUUUCAUCUCAGCAAGAAAUGAUAUACAGUCACGUAUUCCUCUGGUUCAAAAGAAGGGAGUGGAGAGGAUUAUUGUAUUAUUUUGAUAUAUUUUUUCAUAACAGCUCUGAUUCAACACCAGAUGUUCUCCAAGUGGCGGUAGAGAACAGGCCCAGGUUAUUCACCUUGUUCUAGUUCUCUGGGGCAUAUCUACAGGAAUGCCUGAAAGAAUAAGAGUAUAUGCUGAGUAAGUUGUAAGUAGGUAGGCUCUGGGCAUCGUUGAACAGGCAAGAUUCUCCUAGCACAGUUUGCCUAAAGAGUGUCCAUUGCUGCAGAUGUUGUCCUGCAAUAGACAAACUAAGGAUGUUCUAAAAAUAAACUAAGGUGACCAUCCUUAGAAGAGAUAUUCAUGUACGGGUUCCUGCCUCUCAUACUGUCAUGGGGAUAUGAGUAGUGAUAUGCUUACAAAAGCAGCGAAGAGUUAUUUUUAAUCCAGGAGGGGAGUAAAACUUCAAAAGUAAAAUCUGCCCAUUCAAGUCACCCAUGAAAUUUAUAUGAUAAUAAUAUAAAACUCGGUUGCCAUUGCCAUUUUUCAAGGUUUUUUAAUAUUAUAUUUGUCAGGAAAUUAAUGCCCAGCUUCCUGUUUGUGGCAGCUUAUAACUCUCUAAUUUAGUCUAGUCUAAAGACCUGGGGUUUCCUACCUAACCUAACCUACUCCCAUUAACUUUUUGAGAUCAGCUAAGAUUGGUUAGAUUUACUUAUCAGGACUGAGUCACAAAUUAGCAGUAUAGGCAAUCCUCAUUUAGCAGACACAAUUGGGAUCAGCAACUCAAUAAUUAAGCAAAGCAGUCACUAUGUGAAACUGCUACUGGGCUUAAGAUCUUACUU